GUCCGGUUGGCAGAGAAAAGCGCUUGCUGAUUGACGUGCAAACGGAUUCGGUUGGCGACAAUGAAGACUGAUUUCAAGUUCUCCAACCUACUGGGUACGGUCUAUCGCAAAGGUAAUCUGCUCUUUACGCCCGAUGGCACCUGCUUGAUCUCCCCAGUGGGCAAUCAGGUCUCGGUAUUCGACCUAGUCCACAACACCUCCUAUACCCUUCCCUUUGCGCACCGCACCAACAUUGACCGUGUUGCUCUCGCGCCUCGCGGCAACCUCCUCCUGACCAUUGACGAGAAUGGCCGCGCCAUCUUGACCAACUUCCUCCGCCGAAUUGUCAUUCAUCACUUCUCCUUCAAAGGCCGUGUCUCCGCGCUUCAAUUCUCCCCGUCUGGUCGUCACUUCGCUGUCGGAGUGGGGAGACGCCUGCAGUUCUGGAACACCCCGACGACACCAGGCACUGACAACAAUGGCGAGCUUGAAUUUGCCCCCUUCGUCUUGCACCGUGACCUUGCCGGUCAUUUCGACGUGAUCCAGCACAUCGAGUGGUCCAGCGAUUCCCGCUUCUUGCUCACAGCCUCCAGGGACUUGACGGCUCGGGUAUGGAGUAUGGACCCCGAAGAGGGCUUCGAGCCCACUACACUGGCCGGUCAUCGCCAGGGCGUAAAGGCGGCAUACUUCUCCGCUGAUCAAGAAUCAAUCUAUACAGUCAGCUCGGACGGAGCCCUGUUCAGAUGGGAAUAUGUGACCAAGAAGGACCCGGAAACAAUGGAUGAUAUUGCGGAGGCUCGCUGGAGGAUUGUUAAGAAGGACUUCUUCAUGCAGAAUGAUGCCAAGGUCAACUGUGCCGCCUUCCAUGCGCCCACCAACUUGCUGGUUGUCGGGUUCUCGAACGGUCUGUUCGGGCUCUAUGACCUCCCGGAAUUCAACCAGAUCCAUCAGCUGAGUGUGUCCCAGAGCAACAUCGACUGCGUUACGAUAAACAAGUCGGGUGAGUGGCUGGCGUUUGGCUCCUCCCAGCAUGGACAGCUGUUGGUAUGGGAAUGGCAGUCAGAGUCCUACAUCUUGAAGCAGCAAGGCCACCUUGACUCCAUGAAUGCAUUGGCCUACUCCCCCGACGGACAAAGAAUUGUCACUGCAGCAGAUGAUGGAAAGAUCAAGGUCUGGGACGUCAAGUCUGGUUUCUGUCUCGUCACAUUCACGGAACACACAAGUGGAGUUACGGCUUGCGAGUUUUCGAAGAAAGGAAAUGUUCUGUUCACAGCCUCCCUGGACGGCUCCGUAAGAGCAUGGGAUCUCAUCCGUUAUCGAAACUUCCGCACAUUCACCGCUCCAUCCCGGUUGUCCUUCUCAUCGCUUGCUGUCGACCCCAGUGGUGAGGUGGUUUGCGCCGGCUCUACAGACUCCUUCGACAUUCAUAUCUGGUCCGUACAGACUGGUCAGCUGCUUGACCAGUUGGCUGGUCAUGAAGGUCCCAUUGUUACCAUGGCAUUUGCUGCAGACGGCAGCCAUUUGGUGACCGGCAGUUGGGAUCGCACCGUGCGUGUAUGGAGCAUUUUCGGACGGACUCAAACCAGUGAGCCGCUUCAGCUCCAGGCGGAUGUGCUGAGCGUGGCUUUCCGGCCUGAUGGAAAGCAGGUCGCCGCGUCCACCUUGGACGGACAGCUGAGUUUCUGGUCAGUGGAGAAUGCUGUGCAAGUCGGUGGAGUGGAUGGUCGCCGUGAUGUGUCUGGUGGACGCAAGAUCACCGACCGCCAAACGGCUGCGAAUGCUGCCGGGACCAAGUCCUUCCGUUGCAUCAGGUACAGCUCAGACGGUAGUUGUAUUCUCGCUGCUGGAAACAGCAAGUACAUCUGCCUGUACGACGUGGCGACGGGCUCUAUGCUGAAGAAGUAUACCGUGUCGGUCAACACCUCCCUCGAUGGAACCCAGGAGAUCCUCAACAGCCGUGACAUGACCGAAGCUGGCCCGCGCGGUCUUAUUGAUGAAACCGGUGAAGCCUCCGACCACGAGACACGUGUGGACCGCAACCUGCCUGGAGCCAAGCGUGGCGACCCCGGAGUCCGUACGACUCGUCCCGAGGUCCGCGUCACGGCAGUCGACUUCUCGCCUACCGGCCGUGCAUUCUGUGCAGCUUCCACCGAAGGACUGCUGAUCUACAGCUUGGACUCGGACCUUGUCUUCGAUCCCUAUGAUCUCGACAUCUCGAUUACGCCGUCCAGCAUCCUGGCCACCCUGGAAGGCGCCAAGCGAGCCGCUGUAACGGGCGAAGUGAACGACGAUGAAACCUUCCUGAAGGCAUUCAUCAUGGCAUUCCGUCUGAACGAACAAAAACUCAUUCGGGCAGUCCACGAAGCCAUCCCUCCCUCCGAAAUCACCCAUGUGGUCCGCUCGGUGCCUACAGUCUACCUUCCCCGUCUCCUCCGCUUCGUGGCUCAUGCCGCAGAAGAAACGCCCCAUCUCGAGUUCAACCUGCUGUGGAUCGAAGCGCUUUUCAGCAACCACGGCCGAUACUUCAAGGAGAACUCGGGCAGCUUCGCGCCCGAGCUCCGUGCGGUGCAGCGCGCCAUCGACGAGAUCAACAACAGCUUGAAGCGACUCACUGAGAAGAACAUCCACAACCUCAACUACCUCCUUUCAAGGCCGGUCCUUGCCGGAAACAAGAAGCCUGAUCUGGCCAUGAGGGCGCUGGGUGAGACUCUUGAGAGGAAUGCGGACGACGAGAAGAUGUCCGAUGCUGACUCGAACGAAGAGGGUGAAGGAGAAUGGGUGGGUCUUGAAUGAUUGUUAUGUUUGUUUGUGUUUGUCCCCUGUAAUCUUAGACCUUCCUGUUCGUUCUGUGUUCACUCUCCCAGCCGUCUUUCUGCUUUGCUUUGCAUUUGCGCCUGGCGUUUGAUCUGUGGUAUACCUGGAGAUACAAAAAAGAGGGACAGCAAAAAGUUGGGAGUAUUGCUGUGUUUAUAGGUCUAGUUGACCGUAUACUGAAUAUAUGAGUAUAAUAGAAGUAACCUUUUGUUCGGUUGCCUACUAGCAUUUAUGUAGUAGUAAAGCCCACAUAUCAAAUC